AUGCUUCUUCUCAAGUCCUUAAAACUCCUUUCAAUGGCCUCCAAGCCCCCCUCGCAAGGCAAAGUCGUCUCAGACCAUGCCAUCAUUCAAUCAAAACGGUCGUCAAUCCGAAAAUAUCAAAGCAAAUCCAUCGCGUCCUCCUACCGACUGGGCAAUGUCAGACAACCCAAGCAAGCGAAAGCCAAGGUUAAACCUUCGAAAAGAGCAACCUCGGAAGUGCAGCUUGAUCUGUCCAACCCCGGCCGGCAACAUACAGCAAUAGGGGUAUCAACAACUCGAAGAAGAGUGAAACUUUUGUUCCAUCACGAGAACUCCGGUAAAUCCCUAAAUCAUCCAUCCUGA